AUGAAUCAACAAUUAAAAAUUAAAGCUGUCUGGAUGCGUGGUGGCACUAGUAAAGGUCUGUUUUUUCAUGAACAUGAAUUGCCAACUGAGAGUGCAGAACGCGAAGCAAUUUUACUAGCUGCUAUUGGUUCACCAGAUCCUUAUGGCAGACAAUUAAAUGGGGUAGGCGGAGCGACCAGUAGUACCUCCAAAGUAGUCAUUAUUGCGCCCGCUCAAGACACUGAUUUCGACGUUAAUUACACGUUCGGCCAUGUAGCAAUUCAACAGCCGAUGAUCGACUGGACAGGCAAUUGCGGUAAUCUAACAGCAGCCGUGGCACACUUUGCCAUUGAAGAAAAACUGAUUAAAAAUCCUGUUGAAAUUGGCAUACAACUGGUGCGCAUUUGGCAAACUAAUUUAAAUCAGGCUAUUCAUGCCCAUGUGCCUGUUCAGGAUGGUUUACCGGUUUAUAAAGGCAACGACAAACUGGAUGGUGUCAGCGGUACAGCCUGCGCAUUUCGUAUUGAUUUUUUAAAUCCAUCUACGGGUGCAACGCUACCUACUGGUAACGCUACUGAUAUGAUUAAACUAGAUGAAGGCAGUCGCAUCGAAGCAUCACUGAUUAACGCAGGAAAUCCAAUGAUAUUUGUGCGAGCCCGUGAUUUUGGUUUAACAGGUGCUGAGCUGCCUGUCCAAUUAAACCAUCCUGAACUAUUGCAAAAGAUUGAGCGCAUCCGACAGAUUGGCGCAUGGGUAAUGGGCUUGGUAGAGCAACCUGAACAAGCAGCUUUACGUCCUGCUACACCGAAAGUGGCCUUAGUUAGCAAUGCGCAGCCCUAUAGCAGCCUAGAUGGACAGCAACUUCAGGAAAAAGAUAUGGACUUGUGCGCGCGUAUAUUUUCCAUGGGCAUUCCACAUGGGGCAUUCACUGGUACGGGUGCAGUUGCAGUUGGUAUUGCAGCUUUAAUUAAAGAUAGCAUUGUGGCGCAGCAUUGUUCAGCUAGCGGUGAUAUGGUGCGCUUGGGGCAUCCAUCAGGUUUGUUGCUGACUGGUGGUCGUUUGGAUGAUACUGGCAAGCAGGCAGUUGCCGCCAGUUUGAUGCGCACUGCGCGACGUUUAAUGGAUGGUUAUGUGUAUGUCACGCUAUAA